UAUUCAUUGUUGAUAUCGUUGAUAUGCCUUUCGACUUUGAACGUUAUUAUUAUUGUUAUUAUUAUUACUAGUAUCGACAAAUAUUAAUUGUCAAUAUAGAGGAAAUACUUGAGUAAUAGCGGACCACUCCUGCUACCACGAAUAUUAUUUACAGGAGUCUCAGUUUACUCUAUAAUAAUUGUUUACCAUGUUGGAAUUAAUUUUAUCUUGCUUACUUUUUAAAACAUUGUAACAUAACCUCAAAAUUGACUCGAAUUUAUAUUUCAUGCGCAUGCUUCUCCAUUUAUGAAUGUAUAUACCAGGUAUAUACAUAAAAAUGUGUUUAUUUCUAUAGAUUGAUCACCUCAUAUUUUUUCUAACCUCAACAUUUUUAUUUAUUAUCACGUUAUUACCUUUAAUUAAUAUUAUUCAGUGAUAUUUAAUUAAACUCAAUUCUUUUUAAAUUGUUUUCAUUGUAUAUACAAUACAUGACGAGGUAUUAAUUCUUUAAAAUAACUAAAUUUUAAAAACGUUCCCACAAUAACCCAAUCAGCUGUUUUGUGCGACGUGUCAAAGUGACAGCUGAUACAUGAAGUAACGUGUAUCGGCUUCUUCGAGAAACAAAAUUAAAUGUAACUAUUGUAGAAAACAUGUUUCCGUUUAGUAGAUUAUUUGAAAUAAAAAAGAAUUUAUUUUUAUUCUUCGUGGCACUAUUAAUUUUUGGAGCAACAUGCAUUUUGGCAUUAAAUUCAGUCGACAAUAAUAAUAAUUUGUUAGACAAAGUGAAUCCUUGGAAUUCUACUGCUGUUCAAAAUGUAAAUAAGACAAUUAUCAAUUUUCAAAAUGAAUCAAAAGAAAGUGUUAAUUCGACAUUAACAGCAAAACAUGAAGAUGCGAGUGGUAAAAAUUUAACAACCAUAAAACCAAUUAUGGUUGUAGAUGAUUCCAAUACUACUCAAAGUUUCGAUGCAACAAAUUCAACAAAUAUUAGUGGCACAACAACUGUUUCCACACCUGUUGAACCAAUUUUACCUGCAAAAGGUUCUGCUGAAGAGGAACACAAUAGUUCAAUGUCGAUUUUUUUCGUCCUUUGCGUAUUAGCAUUGGGAAUAUUGUUAAUUCAUUUGAUGCUUCAAACAAAUUUUCAAUAUCUACCCGAAUCCGUGGUGAUUGUAUUUUUAGGUGGUGCAAUUGGAAUGAUAAUUAAUUUAAUGUCUUAUAAAAAUAUUGCAAAUUGGCGUAAGGAAGAGGCAUUCUCACCAACAGCUUUCUUUCUUGUACUACUUCCACCAAUUAUAUUUGAAUCUGGUUAUAAUUUACAUAAGGGUAAUUUUUUCCAAAAUAUUGGAAGUAUUAUGGUUUUUGCCAUUAUUGGAACAACUAUUUCGGCUUUUGUAAUUGGAGCUGGAAUUUAUUUAUUGGGCCUAGCUGAUGUUGCAUAUAAAUUGAGUUUUGUUGAAAGUUUUGCAUUUGGAUCAUUAAUAUCGGCUGUGGAUCCUGUGGCGACAGUGGCAAUUUUUCAUGCUCUUGAUGUUGAUCCCGUUUUAAAUAUGUUGGUUUUUGGAGAAUCUAUUUUAAAUGAUGCAAUCUCUAUUGUUUUAACGACCUCGAUAUUGGAGUCAAAUAAUGCAGCUACUACGAGCGAGGCUAUUAUUUUGGGAUUUAAUAGAUUUGUUUUUAUGUUUUUUGCCUCUGCUGGCAUUGGAGUUGCAUUUGCUCUUCUCAGUGCUUUAUUAUUAAAACACGUGGAUCUUAGAAAAAAUCCCUCAUUGGAAUUUGGAAUUAUGUUAGUAUUUACUUAUGCGCCUUAUGUACUUUCCGAAGGAAUUCAAUUAUCAGGAAUCAUGGCAAUUUUAUUCAAUGGAAUCGUCAUGUCGCAUUAUACUCAUUUUAAUUUAUCAACUGUAACACAAAUAACUAUGCAACAAACUAUGAGAACAUUAGCUUUUAUUGCUGAAACUUGCGUCUUUGCUUAUUUGGGCCUCGCGCUAUUUAGUUUUCGGCAUAGAGCUGAACCAGCUUUGGUCGUUUGGUCCUUAAUUUUGUGUUUAAUUGGUCGAGCUGCAAAUAUUUUUCCAUUGGCUCUACUUGUAAAUAAAUUUCGAGAACAUAAAAUAACGAAAAAAAUGAUGUUUAUAAUGUGGUUCAGUGGUCUCCGAGGUGCUAUAUCGUAUGCUUUAUCACUUCAUUUAAACUUCAGUGAUGAAACAAGGCAUGUGAUUAUAACAACUACCCUCAUUAUAGUUUUAUUUACGACAUUAAUCUUUGGUGGUUCCACUAUGCCUUUAUUGAAAUAUCUUCGAGCUGAAAAAAAGCAGAAGAGCAGUAGUAGAAGAAGACGAAGAGAAAAAGAAAUUUCUCUCAGUAAAACUAGAGAAUGGGGCCAAGCAAUUGAUUCAGAACAUUUAUCCGAAUUUACGGAGGAAGAAAUAGAAGUUUCGUUCACACAAUCGAGAAUUCGAGGUUUUGCCCGUUGGGAUUAUAAAUUCUUUAUUCCCUUCUUCACAAGACGUUUUACGCAACAAGAAUUAAAAGAUUGCAAAUCCCAAAUGACGGAUUUGACGAAUCAAUGGUAUCAGGCAAUAAGAAUUAGUCCUAUUGAAUCUGAAGAAGAAACUACAGCUUCCACUGCACAACUCAGUUGUGCAAGCAACAAUAUUUUAGAAGAAGAAGUUGCCAAGAAAAAAUCUUUAAAUUCACAUAAUGGUGAGAAGCUUGCACUAAUAACUUUUAUGGACCAUAAUAAUUGAUUGUGCCAGGAGUGUUAGCUUUAAGUUGAUAGUGAAAUUAAUUUUACAUAUACCUACAUUUUAAUGAAUACAAAGAACUUUUUAAUUAUUAUAAACAAUUUUAAUAAUUUUAAUAGCUGUUGAUUUAAUUUAAAACAAUUAUUUGACGUUAAUAGAUAAUUUAAUUAUCAAUAUUAAUUGAUAGCUAAGAAAUAUUUGUGAUUGUUACUUAUAGUAUAAAAAUUUAGUCAAAUUUUAUUAGUACAAUAAUAAAUAUAUAAAUUGUAUAUUGUGUAUUGUAUAUUAUACAAUACACGUUCAGAACACUUUCCUAGUCGUUUCAUUCUAAGGAACUAAGUCAAGUAUUGUUAUUUUUAUUAUACUGAUCAUUAGGGUGUUUUAUUAUACAAUUUAUUAUCCAAAGAAUAGUGUUUUUAAAGAUGAGAAACAAAAUAAUAAAAAUACUGAAAUAUUUCAUAAUAUUAAAAAUAGGGGAAAAAGUUGUUGAGAUGAGAAAUAAGAAAUGUAAAUCAUUAUCCGUUUGAUUACUAUAUUCAUUCAAUAUUGUUGUCAAUGUCAUUUAAAAUUAUUAAUGUUCUUCUUAAUUAAUAAUUAUAUAAGUUCAGAAACUAGAACAAAAAUACAAACAUCGAGUUUAUAAUAUAUCAAUCUAUUGUUUUCAUCUGUUUUCAUCAGUAUUAAAAAAUAAUUUAAAAAAUUGCUGUGAACAUUGUACAGUACUUUAAAGGAUUUUGUGACUGUUUUCUUGAUUGCGCACAAUUAAACAUUUUAAUUAAUUAUUCAUGUAAAUAGCUACUUACCAAUCAAAGAAUUUUAAUUAAAUAAAUAUUAAUUACACUGUAUUUUUAUCCGUCCACAAAAGGAGAUAAAGAAUAAUGUAAUUACUUUGAUGAAAGAUCUAUUUUAUUUAAUUAAUUUGUUUAAUUUUUAAAAUUCUAUUUGUAAGUUGAGUGACAAUCCACAAGGACCACUAUUUUUUAUUCAAUGUUAACGUUGUCACAAAUUGUGUAAAAAAUAUCAAAUAAUAAAUUACAAAAGUAAUAUCAAAUCAAUAGUGUGUGCUUUGCUGGAUCAAUUGUGUGUAGCUAUUUUAAAUAAUUUUUCUGACUCUAAACAAAGAUUGUAAAUAUAAUUACGUUUAAUUUUUGGCAAGUGUGCGUGAUUUAUGCUCAGAUGUGAAUACAAAAACAUAUAUAUGUACUAAUUUUAUAAUUCCCAGAACAUUCACUCGAAUUUAAAAUAACAAUUUUCAAUAAUUAGAAGGGAAGGAAAUAAAAUAAUGGAAACUUCGUAUGUUCAGAAUAUGAGACACUUUUUUUUUUAAUUAAGGGCUUCCAUCACUUUCAAAAAGUGACUACAAUGUUUCAAUAAAAUAAAAAUUUUUUGUAAAUUGAUUUAAAUUUUAUUAAAUUGUUUUAAACCAUUUUGCUUCUUUUUGCCUUGCUUUCAAAAAUUUUUCAAGUUUUCUCAAAUUUUAAAUUUUUACUUUAAAAAAAAAAAUUUAUUAAGAAGAUUAAUAUCAAAUAGUAAAUUUAAUUAUCUAUUUUCUCUUUUGUUUUUAAAUUGAACUGAACUACGAAGUAUCCAUGUUUAUCAAUUUUUUUUUCGACUUUUACACUUAAUGAAUGUAUUAUAAAUUAGAGUGUUGUGAAAUUGUAAAACCUGCAAAAAUUUUGAAUGCGACAAGCAUGUAUCUAUAUAUAUUGUAUAUUUUGUGGACAAUAUAAGUACAAUUUUAAAUCAUUUAAGUAUUGUUUUUGUUGUUUUUUUUUUUUAAUUUUCUUUCGUUGUCUGUUCGGUAAACAAAAAAUGAACUGAACAUUAAUGGACAUUUUUAAGCCAAUUUAUUAUUUUUCUCAUACCAGUCUUUAAAGGGGAAUGGGGAUGAAAUUCUUCUACACGAAUUUGUUAUUUGCAAUUUUUAAAUUUAGCAAAUACAUAUACGUGAAGUCAGCGAAUAAACAUCAAAUCCAUUUAUUCAUUUCAAUUUUUCUCUAUUAGUAAAUUUAAUGAUCUACUAAUUUUUUUUUUCUUAAUUUUCCUUCAAAUGGUUUUAUUAAACUGGAGUACAAUUAUAAUGACCAUUGAAUGCCUCUUGUGUAACAAUUUCAAUAUAUUAAUUAUAUUAUUAGAAAUGUCAAAAGCACGUGAACACGUUUUGGCAUUUGAAAAAUAAGCUCGUAUAAAAUGCAUAUUUUAUUGGUCGUUAAAAAUUAAAUCGAAAAAUUUGCGGUAGCUGAUUUUUCUUUUUUUUUAUAUCUAAGAAGCAUAGCAAGGGUCAAUUAAUUGUUCCAAAAACACUCCAGUUGCCAUUGACUCGUUUUUUUUUUUUUUGGUUGAUUUAUGAAAAUCCUUAUUUAUUAUUACAGGCGAUAAUAAAGUUCUAAAAGUCACACACCACCAGGGUUCAUGUAAUUUUAUAAUUUAAGUUAUCACUUCUUCCUGUAAAGCCAUCGAUCAUCGUCGACAAUAUUCGUGUCUUUUUUUUUUUGUUUUCAAUAAGCUCCUAGCUGAUUAAUUAUAAUUAAUAAUUAUAUUAUUCAAUGAUCAAAAAAUCAAUUAAUAUUUACAAGCAUUUUUCUAUCUAUUCAUCAGCUUUAUCAAUUUAAAUUAAUUUUAUUGAUCAUUAUAGGAAUGAAAUUUUACUUCUUUUUUGUCUUAAGAAAAAUCAUGAAAUUUCUUUUUAAUGAAAUUAUUUUUGAAAAUGAGUUCAUUCAUUUUCUCAAAUUUAAUAAAGCAUUUUUCAAAUUUUAUAAUUUUUUCAUGACAAUGAGAUAGAAAAAAGCUGUAAAAAUAUUUUCACAUUCGAGUCGAAAAGCAAUUUUUUUUUUUUUUUUUUUGUCGACUUUAAUCCAAUUUUUCUCUGCAUUAGUUGAUUGAACCGCAUUAGUAGAAUUUUUAUCCGAUCAACAUAUUUUUUUUCAUAAAGAAAAAAAAAGUAUGUACAAAAAAUGUAUCACGAGAUUAAUUUCUUAUAAAAGAAAUAAUAAAUCAUUUUUGUAUAAAAACUUUAUAUGUAUAAAAAAUUGUACCAUACGUUUAAAUAGAUUCUCAAAAUAAUCGGAUGAAAAUUCUAUCUAGAUAUUAUAGGUAAUUUUUUCAUAUAAUGACUAUAAAAUAUUACAAUCAGCAGUAUAGCGUAUUUAUUUAUUUUAUUCGCGAAAUUUUCAAUUUUUAGUUAUUUAUAAAUAUCUAUUUUUUUUAUAUAAAAAAAACGUUUGAAUGAAUAAUUUUUUUUUUAAAGAUAAAUUCAACUAUAAUACUGUUUGUAAGUAUUUUAUAAAGGUGCCAUUAUUUAUUUAAACAUGCAGUGCUUAAAUGCUAUUUUUAAAUAUAUAAUAUGUACUACAAAUCUGAUAAUUUAUAAAUUAAUUCGUGGUUCCUAUUAUCUGAUUUUCGUGAAAAUUUGAAAUCAAUUUUUAUUAAUCUGAUAAAUUUUUCAAUAUUUGAAUUUGCAAUAUUUCAAUUAAUUAUAAACCUUUAUAUUUUUCGAAAUUUCUCUUCUCCUAAUAAUGUGAAAUUCAUCUUGAUUUUUAUAUAUAUUUAUGUUGGAAAAUAUUACAUUGUUAAAUUUAUUUUUAGGUCCCUCUACAAAUUAAUUUAUAAUAUCUAUAAGGAUUACAUUUGUGGUUCUUUUUUUUAUUGGGGGGAGGGUGAUUUUUUCUCUCUACAAAAUUCUAAGUACACAUUGACAAAGGAUCAUUUCUUGUCAUGAAAAAUAUAAGUGGAAGUACAUAUUUUUUUCUAAUUGGUAUAACAAAUGUUUAAGUUAGCAUUUGUUAAAUCCGAAUCAAAAUUUCGGACAUCAAACUGUACAGUUCUUCUUUUUUUUUUAAAUAUUCUUUUAUCCCUUCUUUAGUUUUUAAGUAGAAUUGAGAAUUAUUCUCAUAAUGAUAAUGUUAUAUUGUUAAUAUUGAGUGUUGCGAUCUACGCGAAAAUACUGGCCAUUCAUUGAAAUCUAUUUACGUAAUUUUUUUUUUUUUUGAUAGUCGAUAUAAUUUUAUUGUACUUCCGAAAUGGAUAAUUAAAAAGAAAUCAUUUACAUAUAAAACGUUUUAUUACAAUUUUUUUAAAACAAUAAAUAAAAUAAUAAAAAUAAAAAUUUUAAACAAGAAUUGAUUUCAUAAAUAAAUAAAUUUAAUGCAUCAAAUUAAUCAAUAAUACAAUUUCUCCUAAUUUAUUUAAUUAAGUAAUUAAUUAAUUUUAUAAUUAUUUAAUUCUAUUUGAAAAAACCAAAAUUUUAUGGACAAAAUUUAAAAGUUUCAAAUAUAGAAAAAUUAAAAUAAAAUAAAAAUUAUGCUAUCUUUUUGUUUGUUUUAAGUAUGUAAUAGUCACAAUUUAAGAAAUAUUCUGCACUUAAAAAUUUUUUGAAAAAAAGGAAUAAAGGAUUUGGAUAUGUUUAAAAAAAUUAGGAAUUUUAACUGUAAAGUUAAUUAACAAUGUUAAUGAAAUAUUGAAGUAGUUAAUAAAUUAAAUUGGCAAAUUUGAAAAAAAAAUUAAUUAACAUUAAUAUUACUGAAUCCAAAAUGAGUUUUAUUUGACUAAACGCAGUAGAUUUCAUCGGACCUCGUAAAACAAAUAUUAUUACCAACUAAUUUUUACGUAAUUUAAUGUAUUUCACUGUACAAAUUUUAUACGACUGCUAUUUUUCAUAGUAGUAUUUUUUUUAAAGUUUAUUAACUCGAGUAAGAUAAGAGAAUGCAUAUAGUUUAAUCGUCCAACGAUUGUAAUCGGGGGAUAAGCUUAACGUAUAUUGGAUCACGAUUUUUCGUCUGUUAAAUACUAUAUUUUUUUCAAUAUUUCUAGUAGUUGACUUUGCUAUGUGGGAACAUUUGUCUCAAAUAAAGAAUUAUCUCCCGUUAGCAUUUUUUCGAAAAAUGUUUUCAGGAGUUUUUUUUAUAAUAAAAGGAGACGACACAAAGCAUUUCAGUGGUCCUACGAAUUAUUUAUAAAUUCUAGUCGCUUCGCAUUAAUAUUAUUAUUAUUUUUGAUGUUUUAAUUUUUUUUUUUCAUGAAUAACGAAUGAGACGACGAUUUUUUUUUAUCCAGAGAGCUGUUCGGUUCUUUAAAUUAAAACGCAGAAUAAACUUGUCAAUAAUUUAAUAAUGCUCUUCUUAUUUAUCAAGGCUCAUUAUUAUUUGAAAUAAUGUUUGUCUUCCGUUUUUCUUCGCUGUUAAAAUUAAGGUUGUAUUAAGUUUUUUUUU